AUGGCCCCCUCAACAACAAUAGACGCCUUGACAGGUGCUCUGGUUGCCCGCUUCCUGCGUAGUCAUGAUUAUUCCGAGACACUAGAGGCUUUUCUCCGCGAGGCUGAGCUUCCUCCCGACGUGGGGCAAGGCCCAGACGGCAUCAAUGACUGGACUAUCCAAAGAUUGAUUGAAGAGAAAAAAACCUAUGAUUCUACUGCAAAUUUUGAGCGGUACGGCCAAGAUGAGAAAAGGUCAACUGCAUGGAGUGAACCAGCGCCAUCAAACCCAGUCGUUGUUCAAACGGCAACAUCUGCGAAUCCACUUUCCGUGUCCGUAGAGCAAUGGCAAUGCCCUCGUGAUGACGACGAGCAAGAUGCUACAGCGCGGUCCUAUGUUGUCUCGACGGGGUCAGACAAACAAGUCCAUUUGCUCAAUACAGAGGAGGGCAACGCCGCCGCUGCAUCCUUCCCAGGGAUCUCUGACUCGCCUGUUCUUUCACUUGUAUCCAUACUCCAUGGACGGUACAUCCUCAUGACCAACAUGUCUGGUAAAUUGCUUCUCCAGCAUGGCCACCAAACAUUGGAUACAAGGAAAGAUCAUGCCAAAUACGCCGUCAAAGUAAUUGUCUUCCAAGAUAAAAUCAUUUCAUCCAAGUGGUGGGUAGCAACCGCUGGUUGGGACCAGACUGUGCUCCUGUAUUGCCUCAAUAUCCCUGAAAGCAAUGCCUCGAUGUUGAGGAUAGGCGACCCUGUUGCACGCAUCAAGCUCAUCUCUAACCCGGAAUCGCUUCUAUUUGUGCCGCAUAUUGAUACGAACGAGCUCCUGCUCCUCGUUUCACGUCGAGACUCCACUGUUAUUCACUACUAUCAAGUUGAAGCCGACGAUGCCGAUGUUGACGCUGCUCGUGAGAAUGGACCCCGAGAAGCUCGACUUUUGGGUCAGCAGAAUCUGGCCCCCCAUUCAAACACAUGGGUUGCAUUUUCGCCGGCCGAUAUGGUACUCAGUCCAAAUGAUCCUGGCUUACUGGCUGUGGCUACCUCGACACUGCCGCACCUGAAGGUCAUGAUUGUGCGCCUAUUAUUCCCAAACGCCACAGCAGACCAAUGCGGACCUACUUCUACGACAGACCAAAUUACACAAGCGUCACAGGCAAUGGCAAAUUUGACAAUGCAGAACCGUGAGGACGCUGCCAUUCUCGUGCAAGCGAAUACAUUCGCAUCGCAGACUGCUUACUCUACUCCGCAGCUGGCGUGGCGGCCUGAUGGGUCUGGAGUGUGGGUGAACGGCGACGAUGGUGUCGUUCGUGGUGUGGAAACCAAGACUGGAAAGGUCAUAGCUCUAUUGAAGGGCGGCCAUGAGCCAGGAUGCAAGGUACGGUCUGUUUGGUCUGGAUAUGUUGCUGUUCCCCAACCUGGAGGCCAUACAGUGCGUGAGGAAUGGGUUAUCAGCGGCGGAUUCGACAAAAGAGUGGUUAUUUGGAAGACAUAG